AUGACUACCAACUGGAUGAUUCUUCAUCUGUUUAUACUGACACUAUCCAUUGGCAACAACGUUAUUGAAGGAUUCAACACCCGGACCAUUUCUCCUUUUUGCUCAAGAUUAUCAACAGAGCGAUCUUUUGGAUGUUACGCAACAACCAAGGAACGAAAAGUGGUGGAAGAUGAUACCACAGCCGAUAAAAACCGAGGUGACACUGUCACGAAUGGUGCCAUGGAAAUUGUCAAUGGAGUGAACGGCGUAAAGGAAGACAAGAGUAGUACUAGUACUUCUGCUCAAGAAUCUACCACUGACUCAUUGACAGCCUACAAUAUUACCCAAAUGAUGGACGAAAUCAGCCGAAAAAUCAACGACGGAUCCAUGGAAGUCUUUGAAAACAUUACCGAUGCCAUGGACGAACGCUUUCAUACGGUUGCCUUGACGGAGACUUCGGCUCAAGAAAUGUCGGAAUAUAUUACUGAUCUGGCCAAAAAGAUGCAAGUGGCUCAACAACGGGAACUCCAAUUUCAGUUGGAAGAAUUGAACAAGAGAUUCUUGGAACCCAUUGAACAAAUUGCCUUUUCGGAUGCACCCCUCUUUGACAUGCCAUCCACUCCAGUCAAACAGAAAAAUGUGGACGAGGAUGCCGACGACAAGCCACUAAACAUUCUAUUUGGUCAGAACUCUACAAUCUCAAUGACUUCUCGCAUGAAGACGAGUGAGAUCUUGAAUAAUUUGAACGUGGCUCCACUCUACUAUUCGGUAGCCUUGACGCUGAGAUAUUUGCGCAAGGCGUCAUACCCCUCUAUUUGGCUACUGUCGACCUUCAAGGGCUUGGCAAAUAUUUUUAAAUCGGGAUCGCCCAAGGCCCGUACAAAGGGAAAGUUGUCCUAUGAAGAAUACAUUAAAGAUGCCGCAGCCAUGCAGUCGGGUUGGAAGCGAACAGGGGAGAUUGCCGCCAAGGGUUCCGUGGCCAAGAAAUGGGCCAUUUUGCGGCGAUCUCUUGAGGUUUGGGCCUACUUUUCGUCGUUUUACUUGAAGGACAGACGGAUUGCCCGCAAGUUCGAAAGUGGCAAGUGGUCCGAGGAAAAGUUUAGUGAAGAGCGAUCCAAACUGGGAGCAGAGAUUACACAGAAUCUUUUGCGACUGGGACCCACAUUCAUCAAGGUUGGACAGCUGUUCUCUACAAGAGUCGACUUGGUACCGCAAGAAUACAUUGAGCAACUCAAGUUACUGCAAGAUAAUGUCCCACCCUUUUCUGGAGAGAUUGCGGUGGAUAUCAUUGAAAACGAAUUGGGCAAGCCCAUUGACCGAAUUUUUGAUACCUUUGAGAAGAAAGCCAUUGCGGGUGCCUCGCUCGGUCAAGUCCAUAUUGCUACUAAGGGCGGCAAGACGUUUGCAGUCAAGAUUCAAAGACAAUUCUUGAAGGAAUUGUUUGAAGUCGAUUUGGGGCAGCUUCGCCAACUUGCUCUAUUUGCGGAUGCCAUUGAUGUCACUUCGGAAGGAGGGCUCUUUGACAAGAAUACUAAACGAGAUUGGGUUAGCAUUUACGAGGAGAACAGGCGCCUAUUGUACGAAGAAAUUGACUACACCAAUGAGCUCAAGAACUGCGAGCGAUUCCGCAAAAACUUUGAUGCCCCAAGGUUCAAACAUAUUCGUGUUCCAGAGACUUACCCGGAAUACUCCAGCGGAAAGGUACUCUGUAUGGAAUACGUCCCCGGAGCCAAGAUUACCGACAUGGAGAAGAUCCAGGAAUUGGGUCUCGAUCCAAUCGACAUUAGUAUAAAGUCUGCGGAAGCCUUCUUGGAACAAUUGUGCCGCCACGGCUUCUUUCAUAGUGACCCUCAUCCUGGAAACAUUUCCGUGGAACGGGCAGAGGAUGGCUCGGCCAGGCUAAUCUUUUACGACUUUGGAAUGAUGGACAAGUUCGGAGUGCAAGAGCGAAAAGGAUUUGUUGACUUUGCAUUUGCUGUAUACUAUGAUGCCAACGUGAAAGAUGCUGCGAAUGCCUUGGAAAGAAUGGGAAUGCUCCGCACUGGGGCCGACCUGGAUCGAGUAGCCAUUGAACGUGUUGGUCAAGACUUUAUUGAUCGAUUCCAAUCCACUCUCAGUAGAGAUGCUGGAUGGGAAAACGAGUUGGAUCCUGAGGAGCAAAGGAAAAUCAACCGCGAGCGAAGAACAGCUUUGGGAGAGGAGUUCCUAUCAUUGAAUCGCGAUUCGCCAUUCAUCUUCCCUCCGACUUGGACAUUUGUCCUUCGUGCAUUCUUCACAUUGGACGGAAUUGGAAAGACGCUGAAUCCAAAGUAUGAUAUGACUCGUAUCAUGCUUCCCUAUCUUAAGGAGCUGAUUGAUUUGAAGGACGGCAGUGCUAUCAAGACUACGUUGUUGCGAAUCGGGAAACGUGUUGGGUUAAGACCGGAAGAUAUCAAUCAAUUGGUGACACAGCCUCGUCGUACAGCAAAUAUUCAGGACGUGAUCACGAGACUGGAGAAAGGAGACUUCAAGCUGCGCGUUAGAGCUUUGGAUGUCGAGCGUCAAAAUGAGCGCAGCAAAAUUGUCCUGAAGAACACAUACGAAGCGAUAAUACUUGGUCUACUUUUCCAGGGUGGAAUCAGCAUGCUCACAAUAGGCAGUGGACUCAAGGGAGCCCGCCCAUUGAGUCGAAUACUUCUUGGGGCAGCCGCGUUCCUGGCGCUGAGAGUACCAUUUAAUCUCAACAAGCUGAAAAAGCUGGACAAAUACAACGAAAAUUACGGGAUCAAAGCCUAG